UGGAAUGGAAUCCCAAGAAGCUGAGUGAAGUGAACGCAAGCGAGCGCACUCAGUCCUGCUUCCACCCUCAGGAAAUCUGUCGGCGGCGGGCAAAGCUGUUAGUCUGAUGACGUCUAUCACGGUGAUGUUCUCACCUCUACCAGCUCAGGCGUAAGUGACGGGUGACCUAACGACUGCUAGACUGUUAACAUAGCAUGUUAAUUUUCGCCUGGCGAUUAGUAGCUAGCUCAUUCCGCAUGGACGGAAAAUCGGCGGAAAACGGCAGAGGAUUUAUCGACGCGGCGCGAAUAGGUCAUCCGUUUCUUCUGGUGCUGAACGUGCUCCUGCUGCUGCUAGUAGCGGUCGAAGUAUGGCCGCGACUCACGGGCGACGGACCGACCUGGGGAACGCGUAGCGCGUGGGGAUUGCAGCAGCCAAUAGAAGCGCUGCUGAGUUCGCCGGGCUCGUCGAUAAGAUCGAAAGGGCAUCACGGCAGCAGCAGUGGCGCCUCGCGUGCUGCAUCAGACGGCGCACAAAGUCCAUCCGAUGCCGCCCUUGGCCCAUCCGAUGCCGCAUUGUAUCACAUUUGCUGGUCUUCAGAACCCCUGGUCAACAGCAGUACACCGGCAGCAGCAGCAGAGGGGGUGGUGGUGAGUGGUAGAGGGUGCAGUGAGUGCGUGCGGGGGGAUCUGUGCAGCAUGCACGUGUGGGUGAGGCCGCCUGCCCAAUGGGUGCUUCCUUGGAGGGGCGUUGCGAAGGGCGGGGAGAAUGAGAGCGGCCGGGAUAGUGAGAGCGGCAGGGAGAAUGAGAAGGGAAGUGAGAGCGAGAGCACGGACAACAACAGCAGGGAGGGAGAGGCGGGGAGGAGCAUGAGUGAUGAGAGCAGCGAGGCGGGCAGUGAGGGACAUGAGAGCAGCGGCAGCAGUGACAACAGUAGCAGCAGCACCUUUACCAGCAGCAGUGGGAACGACAGUAGCAGCAGCAGCAGCAGCAGCAGCAGCAGCAAGCACAGCUGGUGGAAGAAGGACGUGACUCUCUCCCUGCAGGGCCCGGCUCUGGGGUACGGCGAGGUGCAGUGCCUUGACCCCCCGGCCUGCUCGCACCUGCUCGUCUCCUACCGACUAUGGGACGUGGGGAAUUACAGAGCCACUCUCCACGUGGGCUGCUCCAAUCUCAACUUCUCUCCUGCCUUCGCCACCCAUUUCAAGUCCACCUAUCGCCAUGACCUUGCCACGUGGACCCUCUCCAUUCGCUGGCCGGAGCAGUCGGCUUCCGAGAAGCUUCCUGCCACUGCUGACGGUGUUACCGCUGCUCCUGCUCCUGCCGCUCCUGCUGCUGCUGCUGCUGCUGCUGCUGCUGCAGCUGCUGCUGCUGCGGCUGGUGCUCCUGCUGCUCGUGGUGAUGGCGAUUCUGGUAGCGAUGGGGGUGCUGAUGCUGCUGCUGUGGCUGAUGCUGCUGCUGUGGCUGAUGCUGCUGCUGCGGUUGAUGCUGCUGCUGCUGCUGAUGAUGACAGUGCUGGCCGCUCAAAAUCCGAAGAUAGGGUCCUUCUGGAUGACGUGGCAGCAGCUGGUGCUAGUGAUGUGGCGGUUCGGGAAGGCAAUAAUCAGGCGUCAACUGCCACCUCCCCAGAUACCACCUUCCCAGAUACUGCCUCUUCAGAUACCACCUCCUCCAACAAGCUAGCCUCCCCCUGCACACGCUCCUCCGUCCCUGGUCGGUGGAAGCAGGUGCACACCGGCAAGUACACCUGGGCUUUAUUCCCCUGUGCGCCAGCGGAAACCGCUCCCAACCGUUGGAUAGAAAGGCUGGCACAGAAGGGAAUCAAAGAGAUCAACAUAGUGGGGGACUCGCACCAGCGGGUCCUAUCGGCCCACCUGCACUUCCUGCUGUCAGGGGAGGCGGACAAGAGGAUAAGGAAGGGGCACUCGGACUUCAGCCUUGAGUCGAGGAACGAGCGGGAUGAGACGCUCAGGAUCAACUUCUACUGGGUGGAUGGCAUCUACCGCAACGAAGAGUUCGGGUGCAGCCAUCGGGGUGUGUACACCCAUCGCAACACUACAUUUCCAGACGAUAUAUCAACAACAGCUGACGUCACCAUUCUAGAAGCGGGCUACUGGGCAAAUAAACGCUGCUUAGAGCCAGUCCAAGCGAUGCGAGCCCACCUCCCAGAGUAUCUCAACUGGGGAGUGCAGUUCGCCGCCCGGACCGGCAAGCCGAUAGUACUGCGCACGGCUCCUCCGGUGCCUAAUGGGGGCGACCACUGCUCUCGCUCCGUGGGGCCGGGGGCAUUUGUUGGGCCGGCGACGAAUUUGGCACUUAUGGAGUUAAAUCGGUUGAUGCGGCAGCUGGCAGCAGGUGGUAACAGAGUUGACAGUAAAGGUGGUGAGAAGCAUGAAGAUGGCAAUAAUAAAGGUGAUGAUGACGAAGGUGGCAUUCUAGAAGGUGGUACCGGUAAUAGCGAAACAGGUUAUAGAGAAGCAGACUCCAAACCAGCUCAAGCAUGGGAUGAAGCGUCAAUAUCGAGGGCGUUUACUGUAGAUGGGAAGCGGGUCGCAUCGUCCGUCCCAGUGUUUGAUUCGUGGAAGAUCGAGGCGCCUCGGUACAUGGACGUGUGUCCGAAGAAGGACCACCACUAUUCGUGUUACAAGGAGUUCCCCGAUAAACAUCCCGAGAUCCGAGGGCCCGUGGGAGAGGCGGUAGCCCGUUCAUUGGUACACUUCCUGCUCCACGAGCUAUAAGGUCAUCAUAGAGGUUUGUUUAUUCUAAUCAUAUGUAUGU